AUGGUCUUCUCAAUCGGAUUAUAUGUCGUUGCAAUUGAGUGCAAUGAUGUUGAAGGGAAUGAAACCAAUUCUUCUUUUGUGCUGAAGGAAGUUGUUGAAGAUGAGACAAUUGAUCCCAGUUCACCCAAUGAAUCUAACAACGUAAGGAAGUUGCUUUCAUUUGCUCCUAUUGUGCUCGAGGUCGCCGAGAUGGGUGGGAGUCCGGCAGAGGGCUUCACUAGGAGUUCAAAAAAGAAAAAUCAGAAUAAACUUGGCAACAACUAUGGUGAGCUGUACCUUAACAACGAUUCUUCCACUUCGCUCAACUACAAUCAAAAUACCCAGGGAUCAAUUUAUUCGAACAAUAACGGUUCUUCUUUGUCCUUAAGAAGGACGCAUUCUCCAUCCAAACAAUCUAUUAGAUCGUUCAAGUCAUCAAACACAAAUCGUCAACAACAGAAUAAACAACAGCAACAGCAGCAACAGUCUUCAAAACCACCUCUCUUUAUAUGUGAACCGUUCGUUAAAAUCGCUUUGGUGAAAGGAUCCUAUAAAACCAUUGUUCAACAACCAAAGUACGUUGAUUAUCACGAAUGGCUGGCCCUGAAUACUUUUGAGUUGUUCAACCAUUUGAAUAAAUUCUACGGUGUUAUUGCCGAAUAUGUUACCCCUGAUAGAUAUCCUAUAAUGACAGCCGAUCCAAAGACUGAAUACGUUUGGUUAUUGCCUAAUAACAAAGCUGUAUCUUUACCAGCGGGCCAAUAUAUCGAUCAUGCCCUGACAUGGAUCAGCAACAAAAUCAAUGAUCAGACCAUAUUUCCAACCAAAUCGGGAAUGGCAUUCCCACCUUCAUUUUUGCGCGAAAUCAAAGGUAUCUAUAUCCAGAUGUUUAGAAUCAUUGCGCACAUAUUCCAUAAUCAUUUUGAAAAGUUUGUCCACUUGUCUUUGGAAGCUCAUUGGAAUUCUUAUUUUGCGCAUUUUAUUUCAUUUGUCACAGAAUUCGAUUUGAUCGCCAAGAACGAACUUGAGCCUCUCAGUAUGCUCAUCGAGAACUUGGAAGCACAAGGGAAAAUAAUUCCAGUUGGGAAAGAUUCAUGA